GAGCCCCUUCCGGCUAGAGCAGUGACGCCGGUUUCGCACGUGUGUUUCUUCUUCGGAAUUCCCGGAUUACCCCUGCCCCUGGUGAAUUGGUCGGGCCUGGGUUCCCCUGCAGAUUAAAGGAUGAAGGCGAGAAGAAAUAAAAAACAGGUCCCAAGCUUUCGGAAGUUGCUAAAAACUAGUAAAGUCAAACUUGAAAACAAGCUAAAAAACAAACAAUUUAAACAACAAAGCACUCUCAAGAAGUACCGAAAAGAACAGAGGAAACUAAGACAAGCUGUAAAAGAUGCUGUGUCUAAGAAACCUAUUCCAUUGGAGGACCCAAAGGAAAAACGACCAGGUAAAAGGAUUGAGAGGGAAGAGGAAGAAGAGGAGGAAGCCCUUCCUUUAGAUAUGAUGGAUGAAGAUGACUUACAGUUAAUGAAGGAUUUAGGGCAAAGAGCGUCUUUUCUAACGAGAGAUCUUUCUUCUAGUGAGCCUGUUCACGCCAGGAAGCGGAAGCAUGAGCAUGUUAUAGAUAAAUAUGAAAAAAUACCAAGAACUCUGCAAACUGCACCAGAGAAGGAACUGAUUCACUUACUUCCUAUUAAAGAUAAAAGUGGUAUAAUCCCACAGACGAGAGAGAAACCAGUUAUUGACAGUAACCAAGAUGAAGAGGAUCAAGAAGAGAUGGAACCUGAAGAAGAGAUCAUUGAAGAACCCAUUAAAGAGCUGACAUUAGAAGAACAUUUAAUUGAGAGGAAGAAGAAACUACAGGAGAAGAAAAUGCGUAUCGCAGCCUUGGCAUCUGCCAUAUUAUCAGAUCCAGAAAGUAAUAUUAAAAAAUUGAAAGAAUUACGUUCCAUGCUGAUGGAACAGGAUCCUGACGUGGCUGUUACUGUUCGAAAGCUGGUGAUAGUUUCUCUGAUGGAGUUAUUUAAAGACAUUACUCCUUCUUAUAAAAUACGACCCCUAACAGAGGCAGAAAAAUCUACCAAGAUCCGCAAAGAAACCCAGAAGUUAAGAGAAUUUGAAGAAGGCCUGGUUAGCCAGUAUAAAUUUUACUUGGAAAAUCUGGAGCAAAUAGUUAAAGACUGGAAGCAAAGGAAGCUGAAGAAAAGUAACGUGGUUUCCUUAAAGGCCUACAAGGGACUGGCAGAGGUGGCUGUGAAGAGCCUGUGUGAGCUGCUGGUGGCCCUGCCUCAUUUCAACUUUCACAAUAACAUCAUUGUACUGAUUGUCCCUCUCAUGAAUGACAUGUCAAAAUUGGUAUCUGAAAUGUGUUGUGAAGCAGUAAAGAAACUCUUUAAACAAGAUAAAUUAGGCCAAGCAUCACUCGGUGUAAUUAAAGUGAUUUCUGGUUUUGUGAAAGGCAGAAAUUAUGAAGUUAGGCCAGAGAUGUUAAAAACAUUCUUGUGCCUAAGGAUCAAAGAAGUAGAAGUGAAAAAAGAUACAGAGGAUAUUAAUAAACAAAAAAAGUUCAUGACUUUCAAGGAAAAGAGAAAAACUCUAUCAAGAAUGCAGAGAAAGUGGAAGAAAGCAGAAGAGAAACUAGAGAGAGAGCUUCGGGAGGCAGAAGCUUCGGAGAGUACUGAGAAAAAACUUAAACUGCACACGGAGACUCUGAAUAUUGUGUUUGUGACCUACUUUAGAAUAUUGAAGAAGGCCCAGAGGUCACCUCUCCUGCCAGCAGUUCUGGAAGGUCUUGCCAAGUUUGCUCACCUUAUAAAUGUGGAGUUUUUUGAUGAUUUAUUAGUAGUUCUACAUUCUCUCAUUGAGUCUGGUGACCUAAGCUAUCAAGAAAGUCUUCACUGUGUCCAGACUGCUUUUCAUGUUCUUUCUGGGCAAGGUGAUGUUCUGAAUAUUGAUCCAAUGAAAUUCUAUACACAUCUUUACAAAACACUGUUCAAGUUACAUGCAGGUGCUACGAAUGAAGGUGUUGAGAUCGUCCUCCAGUGCCUUGACGUCAUGCUGACUAAGCGCAGAAAGCAGGUUUCUCAGCAGCGGGCCCUUGCCUUCAUCAAGCGCCUUUGUACCCUUGCUCUUCAUGUGCUUCCAAAUUCAAGCAUUGGCAUUUUAGCAACUAACAGAAUAUUAAUGCAUACUUUUCCCAAAACAGAUCUGUUGCUUGACAAUGAAUCUCAGGGUAGUGGAGUUUUCCUUCCUGAGCUGGAUGAACCUGAGUACUGCAAUGCUCAGAACACUGCUCUUUGGGAAUUGCAUGCACUGAGGCGACAUUACCAUCCUAUAGUGCAAAGAUUUGCAGCUCACCUCAUCGCUGGAGCCCCUUCCGAAGGCUCGGAAGCACUCAAACCAGAGUUGAGCCGAAGAUCUCCUGCAGAACUUUUUGAGGCUUAUAGCAUGGCAGCAAUGACAUUCAAUCCUCCUGUUGAAUCUUCAAAUUCCAAAAGGAAGGAUAAAGUUUUACAAGGGGAUUCAUUUUUAAGUGAAGAGAUAAGUCAACUAAUCAAAAGACAUUGUAGUGAAGUUGCUACUCAGUCGCCUCUGGAUUUCACCAAAUAUUUGGAAACAUCAGUACGAACCUAAAAAGCCCUGACCCAGGAUAAUGGGAUGUGCAGAAGUUCUGGAGGAGGCAGUUUCCUGUAUUUGGCCUCGUCUGUUUUGAAAGAGCUUUCUUUGUAAGUGUAUACGGGGCACCAGUUGUUUCAGGAGCUGCUCCUUAAACAUUGGCUCAAUGUAUCAGCCUUCUUUGGGGCUGUUACAAGUCAAAUUUGGCCCUGUCAAGAGAUAUUAAUAAAUUCUUUAAUUAUGAGCUUCUACAAAUAUCUGAUUGUGAUGAAGACAGAUGCUGCAGCUCUGUAGUAUAAGCAACAAUGCCUUCACUGCGCAGGUGGUCUCUUGAGAAUUUUAAAUCUUACAACUGUGAUGGAACAGGUGAAAGGUGGGCGUUAAUAAUCCCUUGGGUUCGUUAAGAAACUAAGUGAAAAGAAGAAAUCUAUGUUUGGUUUCCUCACAUGCUUUUUCUUUUUUUAAAUUCAGGUUCUAUAUAAAUUGUUUUAAGAUAGAAUGAAAUUUACUCUGUAUGUGAGCACCAAGCAGUAAGCUGGCAACCAAAGGCAUGAGUUACCGCAGGCUGUUAUGUCAUUUUGCUUUCUUUUUAAUCAUUACAUCCUGGAUGCCAGAUUUUCAUUUUUUAAUUGAGGCAGAAGAAGUUGAGGUUGUUGAGAGUAAAUCAGACCUAAAUUAGAAGAACAUCAAACUAGAAAUCCAAAGGAGUAAAAGCUGAGUGGCCCAUAGCAGCCCUUCAAGAAUGUUCAUGUGAGUUACCAGUAAUUAAGACAGUUCUGUGUCUGAUGAAAUAAGGCUGUUGUAGUUUGGGCAAGUUUGUUGUCCUCUUGGGGCCUUUAGUUAUCUACAAAAUAAGGAGAUCUAAAAUUAUCAGUGCUGAAGUGAUGUGUGUUUUCAGAGCCCUUUUCCUGCAGGGUACCAUUCCUACCUGCCUCAGGGACAUCCUCCUCUUGGAAAGGACAAACGACAGUGUACAGACUGUGUCUUACAAAGUAGUGUAAGUUGACCCCCCCUCCCCCGUUUCAGAACAGUGCAAUGACUCAGAAUACCUGGGUAAAACGUGCUACCCUUGCUCACUGUCGAUAGUCUAUCGUGUCACUGGAGGACAAGCCGCCCACAGGUUUCUCCUCCUUGUUUUGGACAUUUUCGGAGGCCAAGACCUGAGAAGGUGAUGUGAGUCCUCGGGGCUGUUUAGUCGACUUGGUGAGCUUCUUGAGUUCGCUUGCAAAAGAGAUGCCUUUUCUUUUGUCUUCUCGGGAUGCCUGUGGAAAACGAGAAUCUUCCAUUGGUAUUAGGUUAAAGCCAGGGUCCCCAAUCACAUGACACUAUCAGAAAAAGCCCUUUCCUCUUCCCUUUCUAGUAAGUAGAGCUUUGGAAAGCAGGGCUGAGGGACUCCCCUCUCAGGACUGUGGAAGCUCAGAGGGGAAGACAUUUCUUUCCACACAGUGAAAACAGCCAAACAACAUUCUUCCGACUAAUUUCCUUGACUCGGGAACUUUCCCGUAGAUUUCACUAGCUCCUGAAUUUGAUUACACUGUAGUUAUGAAUAUCAAAUAAUUUGCGAAGAGAGAAAAAUAACCUUGCACUUUACCUGCACUUGUUCCUUUAGCUUAAGGAUGAAUUUUCCUGCACCUUUCCACCUGCUUUGAGCUUGAAAAACACACUCCUGAUCCAAAAGGACACGCUGGGAGGACUUUGGGGUAGAAGACUUCCUGUUGGCAGUGUCUUUCACCACCUCUUCCAAAAGCACAUAAUCACCCGGGUUCGGGUUGCUCAAGAUGCUAUAGGAAUAUUUGGCUUUGCAUAAGGUCUGAAAGACAAGUUAUGAUCAACUGAAUAAAGACACACUAUCUCCAACACCUGCUUCACUGUAAGAUGAGACUUUGAGG